AUGUCUCCCACCCAUCAACUCCAGAGAUGGACGUCGUACGCAAUCUGGUCGAGGUCGACGGGGAUUCCCGCAUCAACCUUGUGGCGCCGGGCCAAUAAAAAGCCUUCUGUUGCCGACAAAGCCGUCAAUCAGCAGUACCUCACCCUUCAAGAGGAGCAGGCGCUGUUGGUGAAGAACGCACUCAGUCAAGUUUCUACGAUCGCUCGCUCCGGUCAUCGCGCGCCAACGAUCCUCGAUUUUCUAGGUUAUAGGUCGCAGUCUCGAGAUCCAGCCUCCGGGAAAGAAUUGGCCGCAGGGUUUUUACUUGCGCCAUCCGCAAUUGAAAGCGCGACGGCUACGAGCGAUCGAUCGGAAGUGGGAUGA